AUGUUGACAUACACUGGCACGCGUUUACGUCCUCUGCUUCCCGGUGGUAGUAAACUCCAGUGUGGCUUACUACCAGGCCGACGACCCCUGCCUAGUAGACUGCAGGUGCCUGGGACUCGACGCAAUAGCCAGCUAUCAUCUGCCAGCGAGGGCAGUGGUCGCCGUGCGCUGGCCUAUGCCUUCGGUGCGAUUAGCAGCGCUUUUUUUGGAUAUUAUCUCGCGACGACCCAGUCUCCUCGUGCGGCCGCUGCCUCUGGCCAUGAGCUGAACACUCUGUAUGGUACCCCUGAGGACUUCAAAAAAGCGAUAGCCGAGUUGCGACGGUUGUUUCCUUCAGAGGAUAGCGUUACCACAGACCCUGAAGACCUACAUGUCCAUGGCUAUUCAGAGUACGAUUAUCAUGGUGGAUCAUCACCCACUGUUGUGGUGUUUCCGAAUUCCACCGAGGAUGUGGUUAAGAUCGUGAGGGUAGCCAAUAAGUACAAGAUGCCUGUCACCCCAUAUUCGGGUGCUACGAGCCUCGAGGGAAACUUUAGAGCUCCUACUGUGGGAGGCAUUUGUGUGGAUCUUUCUGGCAUGGACCAGAUUCUGGAAAUUCACGAGGCCGACUCCGACUUGGUAUGCCAAUCGGGUGCACGCUGGAUGGACAUCAACGAAACUCUGAAGAAGAAGGGAAUCCCUCUAUUUUUUCCCCUUGAUCCUGCUCCAGGAGCCACUAUUGGUGGGAUGAUAAGCACUGGUUGUUCAGGCACCAAUGCGGUGCGGUAUGGUACAGCAAAGAGCGAAUGGAUCUUAAACGUGACGGUCGUACUGCCUUCAGGCGAGGUGAUCAAAACUCGGCGGCGCUCACGUAAAUCUUCUGCUGGAUUUGACGUGACUAAGUUGUUCAUUGGUGCAGAGGGUACUCUUGGGAUCAUCACCGAAGCGACGAUCCGUCUUACUCCGGUCCUCCCGACAACCGUAGCCGUUGUGCAGUUUCCUGAUGUGCGCCAUGCUACAGAGGCGGUGAUUGAUGUACUUAACCAGGGUGUCGGAAUUCAAUGCGUCGAGCUUUGCGAUGACCGCUUCAUGCACGCGACUAACAUAUAUGGCAUGUCUACACGGAAAUGGCCCGAGAAGGAUAGCUUGUUCUUCAAGUUCCAAGGUCCCACUUCCCGUUCACUGCAAGAGAGCUCCGAGAUCACCCGCAAGAUUACGGAAAGACAUGGUGGAACAGGUUUUGCCCUGGCGAAGGACGACAAGGAGGCGGCGCUUCUGUGGGCAGACAGGAAAAAUGCUCUGUUUUCGGGAUUGGCAUUGCUUGAAGGGUCUCGAGGAUGGAGUACGGAUGUAUGUGUUCCGGUGUCUCGCCUUCCUGAGCUGGUCUACGAGACGAAGAAAGAUGUGGACGAGUCCGGAUUGGUGUCUACUAUCGUUGGACAUGUCGGCGAUGGCAAUUUCCAUGCUCUUCUUAUGCUCAAAGAAGACAAGGAUCUAGAAGUUGCUCGUGAAGUUGUUCACAGAAUGGUAGAACGUGCUAUCGCUCUAGACGGAACGUGUACUGGAGAGCACGGUGUCGGUAUUGGCAAGCGCGAGUAUCUCAAUCACGAGCUGGGCGAAGGCACAGUCAAUCUGAUGAAGACGGUCAAAACAGCAAUUGAUCCGUACAACCUUUUCAAUCCGGGCAAGUUAUAUCCCGAUCCCAAGUCGGGCUCGGAGCAUCCAUGA